AUGGUGGACGUGACUGAGCUCAAUAUCGGUAUCAUCGGGAUGGGAGAAAUGGGGAAGAUGUACGCACGGCGAUUCGCUGCGGGCGGAAUGAAGAGGAUAUACGUCUGUGAUCGACCAGAACGGUUCGAGCAGGUCAAGGAAGAGAUGUCGGGCGAACCUGCUAUCAUCGUCAUGAAGGAUGGGCAUCACGUCUCCCGGAUCUCAGACUUUAUCAUCUACUCGGUCGAAGCCGCAUACAUCAACGACGUUGUCAAAGAAUACGGUCCAUCUACCAAGAUGAACUCGAUCGUCGCCGGACAGACCUCGGUCAAAGCUCCGGAGAAGGAAGCGUUCGAGAAGUACCUGCCAGCAGAUGUGCACAUCGUCUCCAUCCACUCGUUACAUGGACCAACGGUGACGACCGAGGGACAGCCAUUAGUCAUCAUCAAGUACCGGGCGACGGAUGCUCAAGUGGAGACGGUCGUCGAGAUCUUCAAGUCAUUCAAGAGCAACUAUGUGCAUUUGAGCUACGAGGAGCAUGAUCUGGUCACUGCCAACACUCAGGCUGUGACGCAUGCUGCGUUCUUGAGCAUGGGUACGGCUUGGAAGGAGACCUCAGAUUAUCCUUGGGAGACGACCCGAUACGUCGGAGGAAUCGAGAUCGUCAAGAUCAACAUCACCCUCCGUAUCUACAGCAACAAGUGGCACGUCUACGCCGGGCUCGCCAUCCUCAACCCUUCCGCACGAGAACAGAUCGGCACCUACGCGGAUAGCUCGACCCAGAUCUUCAAGCUGAUGAUCGAGGAGAAGAAGGAAGAGCUGAGGGAGAGAAUGUUUGCGGCCCGAGAAGGUGUGUUCGGAUGGACGAGACAAGAGGGAAGCGAACAGAACGGGAUCGCCAGUGGAAGCGGGAGCACACCCGACAAGGCUGUUCCAGCGGAUGGCAAAGACCACUCCUCGUCGUCGUCAAAGCCCCGAACAGCGCGGAAACCCAUCUUGCUAUCAGAUCGAAUUCUCGAUCAAUUCUCGCUCGGCGUCAAGCCCGAACCAGGUCAAGGGGCAAGACCCAACUCGCAUUUGAGCUUGAUGGCGAUGGUGGACUGUUGGCACCGACUGGGGAUCAAGCCUUAUGACCACUUGGACGUAGCUGGGACUCCUGUGUUUAUGCUCUGGAUCGGGGUCGCGGAGUACCUCUUCCGUUCACCUGAACGACUGGAAGCUGCCAUCGAGGCCGCCAUCUAUGACAAGACACAUCGAUCCGACGACACCGAGUUUUGCAUCGCCGCUCGAGGCUGGAGUCAGUGUGUCUCUUUCGGCAACUUUGAUCUUUACCGAGAUCGCUUCGAGCAGACGGCCAGUUUCUUUGCACCGCGAUUCGAAGAAGCAGCAAAGGUCGGAGGCAAGAUGAUCAAGACUAUCCAGGAGGAGAGCAAAAGGACGACGACGUAG